GAGCGCUCACCCAACUUGGUCGCCAAGGAAACAGCUCAGCGGCAACGAGGCAGCGACGGGUUUCUCUGGAAGCUGGUCGAGCGUCCAUCCAGCCGCUGGGGUCUUUAGGGUUGCUUUGAGGAGGAGCACGAGGAUGGCAAUGGUGGCGGCGGAGAGGAGCGGGCGGAGAGACGCGGAGGCGGACCUGAACCUGCCGCCGGGGUUCCGGUUCCACCCGACGGACGAGGAGCUGGUGGUGUACUACCUCUGCCGGCAGGUGGCACGGCAGCAGCUGCCGGUGCCCAUCAUCGCCGAGGUCGAUCUUUACAAGUUCGAUCCAUGGGAUCUGCCCGAGAAGGCGCUGUUCGGGCGCAAGGAGUGGUACUUCUUCACGCCGCGCGACCGUAAGUACCCGAACGGCUCGCGCCCCAACCGCGGCGCCGGGACGGGGUACUGGAAGGCCACCGGCGCCGACAAGCCGAUCGUGCCCAAGGGCAGCGGCAGGACGGCGGGCAUCAAGAAGGCGCUGGUGUUCUACUCCGGCAAGGCGCCGAGGAGCGUCAAGACCGACUGGAUCAUGCAUGAGUAUCGCCUCGCCAACCCCGACCGCGCCCCGGGCAAGAAGGGAUCCCACAAGUUGGACGAGUGGGUGCUGUGCCGGCUGUACAACAAGAAGAACAACUGGGAAAAGGUGAAGGUGGAGGAGCAGGAUGCGGCAGCGCACCACCACCGGCAGAACGGGGAGAUCAUGGACGCGCUUGUCGACACCAUGUCCGACAGCUUCCAGACGCACGACUCGGACAUCGACAACGCCUCGGGCAUGCAGAACAACUUCGGUGGCAUGGCGCAGGGGCAGGCCAUGAGGAACGGUAUUGGCAACGUGACGGUGAAGGAGGACAACGACUGGUUCACCGACCUGAAUCUGGACGAGCUGCAGGCUUCUUACGUGAACCUGAGCCAGAUGGUGAAUCCAAACCUGGGACAGACGGUGAAUCUGGCAGCUGGGCAAGACCAUGACUACUUGCAGUCGAUGAGCUCGCCGCAGAUGAAGAUGUGGCAGACAAUCUUACCACCAUUCUGAGAAUUGAGAUUGAGAUGGAAGAGGAAAGAGAUGUAAAUAAGGGGGGAAGAGGAGUGACUAGACAGGACUAGACGGAACAAGUUUGAAAUUUGGAGGAUAUGAUUCUGCGACUGUUGCUGUAGGCUUGUAAUGCUUAAUUCUUUUGUUGGAUCUA